CUCCUAGCGUUUCCAGUUAUGCUUUUGUCUGCACUGACUGUGAGUGAAAGUGACUGAUGUCAGUGAUGAUGCUAAAAUUAUGCAAUGCCUGAAUCAGAAAAAGAUAACUCAUCAAGUCUUUUAGCGAAAAUCACAGAUUUACUAGAUUCUAACGUUAGAUUGACUCGUAACAUCAAUUUUCAAAUGUAUGGCAUUGGUGUCAUUGGAUUUAUAGUUGCUGGACUUUGUGUUUUGUCAUCUGCACUUCAGACACACCUCAUUACCUGUACAUCCGACAUUCCUGCUGAGUUUAUAUCCAGGAAGGUUCGAGUUCGGAGCUAUGUGGAAGCAGUGGGAACAAGAGGAAUUGUUCAUGUGCAACAUCGCCCUUUCCUGAAUAUCAUACCAGGAAGGUGGAGGCCUAAAAGCCAUGUUCAUUUAGCAGUAGCACUAGUGGACAUGACACCAGAGGGAAGUAAAUGGCUCCAGGACACCAUUAACCACAGAAUCGUUUGGUUUCAGCCUCUUUCAGUCAACGAUUCAUCUGUCCAAGCAAAUAUUUUAUUUCGCAAGUAUUUGACAAAACACAGUGUGAACGAGAUUUUGGUGGGAGAGGGGAUUUGUAAAGUUAAAGACUUGACUCGUGAGGAACUGAAAUCCCUUUCUUUCCAUCAAGAGGAGCUGCUGAAAACAUUAUUGCAUCAUCAAAUGACAGCUUCAGAAAAAGGAAGAGGCAAGUGGAAAAUUGAACGACAGACUGACUUUUCUUCCAGAGUUAAAAAAUUCAUUAAGUAUCCAAUCCAUUUAUGGAGGAAAAUGAGGAGAAAAUCCUCUAAACAGUGAUAGAACAAGAUGUAGAAACAAAUAUAAUGUUAAAUAAUGUUAAAUAUAUAUUUAUGAUAAUGUUGUUGAAUGAAUAAGUGAUUUGCUGUUUUCCUUAUUUCAUGUCAUGCAAGUAAUUUGUUUAAAUCAAUUCAAAUACAUGUACAGGUAAGGUAAAAUUCAGAAACUCAGGUUUAAAACUUUUAUUACAAUAAUGCAGCCAUGCGCUAUAGUUUUACACAAGUAUUACAAACAAUAUACGGUAACAUAUGCUGACGAUAUUCAUUUCAUAUUAUUGCAAAAUGAAUGCAGAAUUAUGUGCAUACAUGUACAUGUAUAUAAUAAUGUUUUGAGUCAAAUGUAAAAUAAAUUCAUGUUUACUUUUA